CUGAUCAGUUUGGCUGCUCGGGAUUUCAACUCCUACGGAUCGCGCAGAGGGAACGACGCCGUGAUGGCCAGAGGAACGUUUGCAAACAUCAGACUCUUUAACAAGUUCCUCAAUAAGCAGGCGCCGCAAACAAUUCAUCUGCCAACAGGAGACGUGUUGGACGUGUUCGACGCAGCAGAACGGUACCAGCAGUCCGGAGUUCCUUUGCUGAUUCUGGCUGGUAAGGAGUACGGCUCAGGCAGCUCCAGAGACUGGGCUGCCAAAGGACCCUUCCUGUUGGUGAGCAGCAUUUAUUAGAGUGAUUUCAGACCACACAACAUUUAAAAAGUAUGAAUAAUUAAGUAUAGAUAGAUGCU